AUGAAAUUAGUACUUUAUUUACCAAUUGACAAGACUACACAAGAGAUUCAAACCAUCCCAACCUUUGAAUCGACCAAAGAAGCAUUGGUUGCAGCUCUCAAAGCUGAUGAACCAGCCAACGAAGAACCAGCUCCACAACAAGGAUGGGGUAACAACAACCAAACACCCGCUGAAAGAAACUUUAAGAGAUUCCACAGUCAAUGGUACGAUGUAUUGGCCUAUUCUCAUGGUUCCUCUUCUGGCAGCGUUCAAGCUUUUUCAAUGACUGGAUAUACAAGUGAAUUAACACCAAUUCUUGAAAUGAUGGUAAUUAGAGGUGAUAUUCUACCAUUUGCCAUAUUCAGAGUAUUCCAAAAGAUGACUGGAAACAAACUUAGUAUUCUUGAAUACGAACUCAAGAAUGUUGCUGUUUCAUCGGUUAGUACUGGUGGAUCGGGUGGUGAAGACCGUUUUACAGAGAACAUCACCUUGGAGGCACAAGAGAUCACUCACAAGAUUAUCAACAUUGACACUGAUACAUUGGAAUACAAUAGUUAUAGUUCUGCCACAUUCAACAACAAAAAGAAGGAGUUUUCUCGUACCAUCUCUACCGCCAAUGCUCGUGAUGCCUUGGGAGGUCUCGAAAUAACCCAAUCAUUUGACUUUUCAGUACCAGAGAAUGCAAAGAAGGCUGCCGACUUGGGUCUUGGUCGUGUCACUAUGGAACACCAGUUUUCAGUACAAAUCAACAAGUCACCAAACAUUUUCAAAAAGAUUGAUUUGGAACAACCAACUCUCGUUAACCUCAAAUCAAAGAUUGCUAAAAUUUAUAAUCGUCCAGAGACUGACAUUGUAUCUGUCUAUGGUGCCGAUGGUUUUGAACUCGAAAGUGAUAAGGAUGUUACUUCUUCGGUUGAAAAUGUUGUUUUUGUAAAAUAUGUUGAUGUUAUAUAUAAAUAUGUCAUUUAUGUUUUUAUUUAA